AUGGGCUGCUACCGCAUAUGCGGGGUCGACGUCACGACGCCAGCGGGGGCCUGCUUGAGCCUCCUGCUCUUCCUCAUUUGCUUCCAGAUUUUUCUCGAAUUCGUCGAUGAAGACGACGUGCACCAUCACCACUACUACCCCUGCAAGGGCUGCAGCCAGCAACCCAGUGCUGCGGCAGAUGGAGGAGGAAGAGGAGACACCGAGAUGCCCCAUCACCAGCACUCUGCAGCCUGGACCGAGGGCACCAGCCCAGUCUCGAUUGCAGGUGCCGAGGCCGUCGACCCUGGUGGUCACAGCGUGGCCGCUGCUGCGGCGGCGGCGGCGGCGAAAGCAGAGGCCGCCAGCCGCGUGGACGAUGACGCGCACGGAGACUACUACGACGCGGCGGGCGACGUUGAUGAGGACGACGAUGACGACGACGAGGAAGAAGAGGACGACCCCGAGGGCGAGCUCAUCAGCUACCUGCUCAGCAAGAAGAGGGAGAAGGAGGAAAAGAAGCGAAGGGAGAAGGAGGCCAAGAAGGGGAAGAAGGGCACCGGCGGCACGAGCCUCAGCCUCAUCAAGCCCGCCGACAAGAAGAAGGCGGCCAAGCUCGAGAAGGAGAAGGAAAAGGAGCGGAAGAAGAAGAUGAAGCAGCUCAAGCUGAAGGAGCUCGACCUGCUCGCGGAGGAGCGGCUCCGGCUCGAGGAAGAGAGGGCCAGGCUCGAGGAGGAGCGCCGCCGGUUCGAUGAGCAGCGGGCCCGGUGGCGACAGGAGGAAGAGCUUCGGCGGCAGCAGCUCGAAUCGUCACAGCAUGCCGUCGAAGUGUUGUAA